AUGAGAGCCAGGGACUCGAUCGUGUACACUCCAGUGUCACUUGGACCGGAUACAGACGACGAGGAAACACUAGUGAACGCGGAAGUUUACAACAAUGAUCUGGCGCAAAUCAGGGCGCUGGUGGAGUCCACGGGAAUGCUGGGUGGCUCGACGUGUCCCUCGUGCGAGAUGCCGUUCGAUAAAGGGAAGAAACGGCGGCUGAUCGAUUCGUGUGGCCACGAGCGUUGCUAUUCCUGCCUGUUUCGCAGCGAGGCAUGUCCUCUGUGCCUCCGAACCGACUUCAACGACGACGACGGCCUCGAGGGACCCUUCAGGGAGGGGUUCACCGGCUCCUCUGGCCCCAUGUCCAUCCUCGCGCCCACGGAUGGCUGGAUCGAUGAGUCAUCAACGGUGAACUCUCUCUGCGGCAGCCCCAGACCUCGUACGAAAGUCACCACGAGAGCCAAUCUUCCGUCACGAGUCAUGCACCAGCGAGACACGGACGAAAGUAUCUUCUCCGCGGGAAUGGUCAAGGGUCUGAAGAACAAACCACCGGCUCUCCCAGACUCUUCCUCGUCCCACGGCCGACAGAAGCUUCAAAUGAUGACGCAGAGUUGUCCAACCCCGCCUAAUCAAAGGAAGAGGUUCUUCCUGAACCCGAAGGUCCUCAGGAGUUCGUUCGUGCCUCAAAGAUCGUCCAGACGAGGUGCAUCUUCUCCGGAACCGGUUACAAACGACAAUCCUUCAGCCUUAUCAGCCUGGAUGGCCUCGUCUUGGGAGGGGAAGUCAAGAUGGCCGGGUGUAGUGCUGGGGAAAAUCAAAUCGUUGUGGAGCAACAGUCAAGGGACGACGAACGAUGGUCUGAACCAGCUGAUCGACUCGACCAUCAAAGUCACAGAUGACGAAGGUGGUUGCGUGAAACCAUUGUCAUCGAAGACGAGGAAAUCUUCACAGUCGGAUCUCCAUAUGAGGCUAGGCCUCCUUCUAGGUUCUAAUCACGCUCGUGCGAGCAGUCGUUCGAGUGCAGGUGCAUGCCAGUCUAGAGAACCUAUUCAAGGCCACGAUAGUUCGGCAGCCUCGUUCAGCAGUUUGACAAGCUUCGAGACGCAAACUUUAGCCUCGACGAACACCAGUCCGGUUUCCACGUUGACCGGCACAUCCAGCGAAGCUGAGGCUGCGGCUGCGUUGAGGUGUCCUAUCAAACCUAAGGCCAAGGUGAAGGGGAAGAGUAAAUCUAGGGAUUGUGAUAGUGCUGGAAGCCUCGCUUCCAUUUCUACGUCCGUGUCCGCAUCUACGUCUAUGUCCAUGUCCAUGUCGGUGUCGGUUUCGGGCUUGUCGAACGGCAGCUCGAGUCCUUUAACUCCUAGAAGACAUUCCGUGAACGCCUCGCAGCCUGGCCAGAGCGACGAGUUAGGGCAAUUUAAGAACAGACGAUCCUGCGCUAGGAGGUCCGCCAGGGCUGGGAACGUCAAGGGAGCCGCCGAUACGAAAUUACGCUUCGUGCAACACCACGCAACGCAGCUCACCCUCAAGCCCCUGUUCUUCGAAGUACCUCUACUAGAAACCGAUCCCCUGUUCACCGGUCGUCAAUGGUUACUCCAAGAGCUAGAAUCAGUGGUAAACGGUUCUAGCCCCGGAGUUUUGAUCUCUGGAUCGCCUGGAACCGGGAAGACUGCUCUAGUUCUGCAAUUAGUGGAACAUAGUUGCUUCGGAAGGAGAAGAGAGCAGCCACUUCCGUCUGAAAUCAGCGAAGAGGGUGAAGAGAAGGAGAAGAUCAGUUGCACCUCAGCGUUGCACGCCAGUAUUCGUUAUACCAACGAGAAGAUUAGAGAACUAGCGUCCCAUGUAGUAGCAUACCACUUCUGCCAAGCAGAUAACAACAGUACCUGUCUGGUACCAGACCUAAUUCACUCGUUAGCCGCUCAAUUGUGCCAAGCUCCUCAACUGAUCUCCUACAGGGAGUAUCUGCUCUCUGAACCUCAUAUUCAAGGUUCAUUGUCGCAGAGAGAGUGCACAGUGGAUCCAGAUCUUGCUCUCUCUAGAGGCAUCAUCGAACCUCUGUCCACGUUGAAGAAGACUAACAGACUGCCCGACACCAAUAUGGUGAUCCUAAUCGACGCCGUCUGCGAGGCAGAGUACCACAGGCCAGACAGAGGCGACACCAUAGCUUCCUUUCUCACGAGGCACGCGCCAAACUUCCCCAGUUGGUUGAAAAUCGUGUGCACAGUGAGAACUCAACUGUUGGAAUGCGGCAAACAGCUACCCUACACCAGAGUCUCCUUAGACAAAGCUCCCAACGACAAUACAGGGAACAACGUGACGAGAGACUUAUCAGACUACAUAGGCUACAGGCUGUCCCAAAGUCCAGCGAUUCAGACAAACGUGACAGCGUCGAUAAAUGGAAAGGCUGAAUCGUCGUGCAGUGCGAAUCAGACGAGAUUUGCCUCGCAUCUGCUCGCGUUAGCUAGAGGCAGCUUUCUCUUCGCGAAGCUGACGCUCGAUCUUAUCGAGAGCGGACACUUGGUCGCUAAAUCCGCCAGCUACAAGGUUCUGCCAGUCUCGCUAGCUCAGAUCUUCCAGUUACACUUCAACCUCAGAUUCCCGACAGCCACUUCGUUCGACAAGGUCCAACCUCUGUUAGGUGUUUGUUUGGCUGCUCUCUAUCCGCUCACUUUACCGGAAAUCUUUUACUCGGUCAACUCCCUGAACACGGACCACUUUGUUUCGUGGGAGGAUUUUCUACAGAGAUUCAAAAUGCUCUCUGGAUUCCUCGUGAAACGGCUGGACAACACGUACAUGUUCUUCCACCCGUCGUUCAGGGAGUGGUUGAUGAGAAGGGAUGAAGGGGAGUCGACAAAGUUCCUCUGCGAUCUACGUUUAGGUCAUGCGGCCAUCGCGUACAGGCUGUCCAGGCUGCAAGCACCGUUAGACGGUGAUAAGGCCCUCGAAUUGGGUCAUCAUAUACUGAAGGCUCACGUCUACAGAGGCGUUGCUCCGUGUUGGCCUUCACGUGAUCUACAGGCCAUCUGGUUAGCAUCGUCCACCGAAUGCGUGUCCUCGGCGUUGUGCACCUUGAGAAACAUCUACAGUCCGAACGUGAAGGUGUCUAGGUUGCUUUUGCUGGCAGGAGCAUCACCGAAUCACAUCACCGAGUAUCUAGGAAAUGCACCGGCUCUUUGUAUGUACGCUCACGAGGGUUCUGUCGAGAUGGUGUCGCUUUUGUUGGAGUUUGGAGCGGAUGUCGAGCUGACGAACAGUCAAGGAUGCACCGCGCUCUCGUUGGCCGCUGCUCGUGGCCACUGUGACGUCGUCAGAAGGUUGGCUGCUGCUGGAGCAUCCUUGGGCCACACAGACAUGGCUGGCCAGUGUCCCUUGGUCCACGCGGCAAGACACGGAAGACUGUCGGUAGUUGGCUACCUGUUAGCCUGCGAUUGGGUGAUCCCAACCAACGAAAACGAGACAGAGGGAAACCAGGAUAUAGGGAGGGAAGAGGCUGCCCAGCAAGCUGUGGUCGCAGCUUCAGCUCAGGGUCACGAGUCCAUCGUGGAAUAUUUAUUAGACAUGUCUGAAGUGAUCGUGGAUCGUCCUGACACUUUGAUAGGAGAGACUGCACUGACUAUUGCCUCUGCAAAUGGUUCCACAGCCACUGUUUCCGCUUUGUUGGCUCGUGGAGCUAGUCCAAAGGCUGUGAACGCGAAAGGACUGUCUCCUUUGAUGCUUGCUGCGAGGGAGGGACAUUGGGGAACUGCUGAGAGGCUUCUACAGGGAACCCUGUCAAGUAGCACUGACACUAUUCUGGACGAUACAGUAUCUCUGCUAGAUCACAGAGACCCAGGCGGACGAAGUGCGUUAAUGCUAGCUGCUUCAGAGGGGCACACAAGCCUGAUAGAAUUAUUCCUGGACAAAGGAUCAGUAUUAGAGAGCAGAGACAAAGAGGGAAUGACUGCUCUAUGCUGGGCCUGCGUGAGAGGGAGGCUAACUGCUGUACAGAAUCUCAUAGAUCAUGGGGCUGAUGUUAAUACCAACGAUAACACUGGCAGAACUCCUUUGGAUCUAGCUGCCUUCCAGGGCAAUCCAAAGCUGGUGCAAUUGUUGCUGGAGAAGGGAGCAGCGGUCGAGCACGUCGAUCUGCAUGGAAUGCGACCUUUGGACAGAGCGAUCGGAUGUCGAAACAUACCGGUGGUACAGUGUUUCCUGCGCCGCGGGGCGAAAUUAGGUCCUGCCACAUGGGCGAUGGCGGCUGGGAAACCGGACGUUCUCUUGAUACUGUUGAAUAAAUUAUUGGAAGACGGGAACGUGUUGUACAGGAAGAAUAGGCUGAAGGAGGCGUCGCACAGGUACGCGUACGCGCUCAGAAAAUUCCCCGCGUCGCCGGAAGAGGACUGUCAGGGACAGGAGCAGGGUCAUAUGAUGCUGCAACUGCAGACGUUUGCGCAACUACGGCUGAAUUUCUUGCUCAAUCUCAGUCGAUGCAAGCGCAAGAUGAAUGAAUGUGCGGAAGCAAUCGAGCUCGCUGACGAGGCUCUGAAAGUUCGCCCAGUGUCCUACGAGGCGUUCUACGCGAGGGCGAAGGCCCGUGUCGACUCAGGCCACCUGGAAGACGCUUUAUCGGACGUUCAAGAGGCGUUACAGAUCGCUCCGCCGCAAAAUCGUCAAGAUAGACGUGUACUCGUCGCGCUGAGGGACGAAAUAAUCUCUCGAUUAGACGAAGUAGGGACCAGUAAAGGGUCUACCGACGUGAUCAGUAGAUCUCGGCUACGAGCGUCGGUCGACACUCUCACGGAGUUGUAAAGUUUAUAAUUUUAUUCUUUUCACAAAAGA